UAUUAGGACGCAUGCGCGGUGCCCCAGUCGUGCGGGGUUAGUUUAGGAGACGUUAGCGUUGCAAAAUACGUGGCAGAAAGGUGUCAACAUGGAGAUAGCUGCUCUGGCCGCGUUAACUUUGUUACUGGGUGCACUGGUUAUUCUGGUUGCGUUAGCGGUGGGCAGACGGAAAGAAGAAAUAAGAGAGGAAACGGAGCAGGCAGCGGAGUUUGCCGCUGAAGCCAGUGCUGUGAAGGGUUCCCAAUCCAAGAAGCAGAAGCAGGAGAAGCAGCGUGGCCGCAAGGAUAAACCUACACAACACACUUUCAGCCAUCCGCUGCUGGCAGCCUCUCUGAAGGGCCACAGUGGAAAUGUGACGUGCCUCGAUUUUAGCAGUAACGGGAAGUACCUGGCGUCCUGUGCUGACGACCGCACUGUUCGGAUCUGGAGCACCAAGGACUUCCUGGACCGCGAGCACAAGUGUCUGAGAGCCAAUGUGGAGCUGGAUCACGCUACGCUGGUCCGGUUUAGCCCUGACUCCAGGGCGUUUAUCACCUGGUUGGCCAACGGAGACUGCAUACGAAUCUUCAAAAUGACAAAGAAGGAUGACGGCUCCAUGAGCUUCAAAGCUGCUCCCGAGGAUUUCCCACAGAAGCACAAGGCCACCAUCCUCAACAUUGGCAUCGCAGAGACAGGCAAGUUUAUCAUGAGUGCCUCCACCGACACCUGUAUCAACAUCUGGGACCUGAAAGGAGAGGUGCUGGCCUCUAUCAACACGAACCAGAUAACCAAUUCUUAUGCUGCCAUCUCCCCAUGUGGCAGGUUUGUCGCGUCCUGCGGCUUCACUCCUGAUGUGAAGGUGUGGGAGGUUUGCUUCGGCAAAGGAGGAGACUUCAGAGAGGUGGUGCGAGCCUUUGACCUGAAGGGCCACUCAGCUGGAGUCCACGCAUUUGCCUUUUCCAACGACUCUCGCAGGAUGGUGAGCGUCUCCAAAGACGGCACGUGGAAGCUAUGGAACACGGACGUGGAGUACAAAAAGCAGCAGGAUCCCUACCUCCUGAAAACCGUUCCCUGCAGCUCGUCUGAAGGCAGCCGGGUGGCCUUGUCUCCAGAUGGCCGGGUGGUGGCCGUCAGCGAUGGCUGCAACGUGGCCAUGUACGAUGCUGCCAGCGGAAAGCUGGAGGAGGAGAUGCACGGCGUCCACAGCGUGGAGAUCACGGACCUUAGGUUUGACAUUAACGGACGCUUCUUGGUGUGCAGUGGCGACAAGGCUAUCCGAGUGUUUCACAAUGCUCCGGGCUACCGGGCUGCCAUCAAAGACAUGCAGGACAUGCUGAGGAAGGCUCAGAACGAGGCCAUGAAGCAGAGACUGCAGCAGCAGAUCAAAGAGGCUCAGAGUGCCUUGGACGCUGUGCUCGCUGCCCCCUCCAACUAAACAGAAAUAACGGGAAAUCACACUCUGAAUGUGACAGUGUCAGACUCUGCUAAUCAUUUGUUUGCAUAGUCACCUCUGCCUCUUAAUGAUCUGGACUGUGAAGAUGAGAUUUGCAUGCAGUUUAAUAAAAGGUAUCUUUUUAUGGAA